UGCACGUUGUUUUUGUUCAAAGAUUCUUUGCCUUCUCUCUUCCUUCUCAGAAACUCACCCAACAACUCUUUCACUCAAUUUCUGCGAGUUACUGUCCCCUUCGUUAAACAACUUCACACUCAGUAUUAAUUAAUUUUUUUUACAUAUCCACGCUGUAUUUCAGUUUCGAAAAAAGUAUUGCCCCAAAAACACAAAAGAGACAAUUUAGACACAGAGAGAAAGAGAAUAAUUACUUGGGUGGAUGGAGUUGUUUGUUUCAUUCUAUGAACCAUAUCCGAUUCGAUCCUAGUGGGAACUGACUCACUCCUUUCUCUCCCUCCCUCUAAAUAUAUAUUUCUGACAACCCAAAGUCAAACAAAGAAAAGCAACUGAACUAGAAAUAGAUUGAUUGUUUCAUGAUAAAAAGGCCUCAUGCCUUGUCUCCCUUUUGAUCAAGCGUGACAAACUUGUUUUUUUUUUUAUUAUUGUAAAUCAAAAAGUUCCCUUUCUUUUUGUUAUAUAAUAAUUUGGAAAAAAAAAAAACUAAAAGGCAUUUUUAUUUGCAUCUUUCUUUCUUUCUCUGGUGAGUGGUGAGGGCAAGAUCACAGAAUUGGUGUGAGAGAGAUGGGUUCGUUCGUGAAGCUUUCAAGGAGGGCCUUGGAAACUGAGAUGCCCGUUAUGGUUCAGAUGCAGGAAUUGCUCCGAGGAGCUAAGAAUGCCGUGUCUUUGGCCCAGGGGGUGGUUUAUUGGCAGCCUCCCAAGCAAGCAUUGGAAAAAGUGAAAGAACUUGUAUCUGAGCCUUUAAUUAGUCGUUAUGGUAACGAUGAAGGUAUUCCUGAACUCAGAGCAGCAUUAGUCAAAAAGUUGCGUGAUGAAAAUAAUUUGCACAAAUCUUCAGUAAUGGUUACAUCAGGUGCCAAUCAGGCAUUUGUGAAUCUAGUUCUUACUCUCUGUGAUCCGGGUGAUUCCGUGGUUAUGUUUGCUCCGUACUACUUCAAUGCCUACAUGUCCUUCCAGAUGACUGGCGUUACCAAUAUUCUAGUUGGUCCUGGUAGCUCAGACACACUCCAUCCUGAUGCAGAUUGGUUGGAAAGAAUAUUAUCAGAAACUAAACCACCUCCAAAGCUUGUUACUGUUGUAAAUCCAGGCAAUCCAUCUGGAACUUACAUUCCAGAGCCCCUUCUAAAGAGGAUUUCAGAUCUCUGCAAGAAUGCUGGCUCUUGGCUUGUUGUUGAUAAUACAUACGAGUAUUUUAUGUAUGAUGGCCUGAAACACUCUUGUGUUGAGGGAAAUCAUAUUGUUAAUGUUUUCUCAUUCUCAAAAGCAUUUGGAAUGAUGGGAUGGCGGGUUGGAUAUAUAGCAUAUCCCUCUGAAGUAAAAGACUUUGCUGAACAACUUCUCAAAGUUCAAGACAACAUUCCCAUCUGUGCUUCAAUAUUAUCACAGUAUCUUGCCCUGUAUUCAUUGGAAGUGGGGCCUCAAUGGGUUGUAGAUCAGGUAAAAACUCUUGAAAAGAACAGAGAAAUUGUUUUAGAAGCCCUCUCUCCUCUUGGAGAGGGUUCUGUGAAAGGAGGAGAAGGUGCUAUAUACCUGUGGGCAAAGCUCCCACACGGAAACGCUCACGAUGAUUUUGAUGUUGUUCGCUGGCUAGCUAACAAGCAUGGGGUUGCAGUAAUCCCAGGAAAAGCUUGUGGUUGUCCCGGCAAUCUUAGAAUUUCAUUUGGAGGCUUGACGGAGAAUGAUUGCAGAGCUGCCGCAGAAAGACUGAAGAAAGGCUUAGAAGAAUUGGUUAGAGACGGACUGCGGGAGUAACUGAAACUUAAUUAUAGAACAUUCCCUUCCCAAACCUCCAUUGGGGAAAAAAAAUAAUAGAUAUCAAUAGAAACAAAUUUCACUUGUCAAUGUAGCAAGUUUGCAGCUUUUGCAUUUGAAUAAAUGGAGGAUUUACUUUCUACCCAGAUAGCAAAUUUUUAUUAUUUUCAUUUUGAUAAAUUUCAAAAUAUUGGCUCCAAA